UGAUCUCUCUCUUCUCCCUCUACUCUUCAUCCCUCCGCACAGCACUCACCAGAACAUACACUACCAUGGCCAAGGACGCGAUUGUCAAGUUCGAGAAGGGCGCGUCGUCCGCGGACAAGCAGAAGGUCAUUGACGACAUCAAGGCUGCUGGCGGCACUAUUGUGCGCGACGAGCAUGUUGACUCGAGCAUCUUCCCCUACGUCGUUGUCAACGUCUCCCCCGACCAGUUCUCGUCGCUCCAGAGCGGCCUCGCCGGCUCCAAGGUCGUCUCACACAUCGAGGAGGACAAGGAGAUGAAGACGCAGUAGAUCAGUAGACUACUCGUAGACAGUUGUACGGAAUGAUCGAAUGAAGCCCUUCUUGGACCGCGAGAGUCUAGCCCCGCAUC